AUGCCGCCGACUGACCAUAAUGAUGCGGAGAGGGAGGCGGCAAGAACGCGGCAGCUGGCAGAUCUUUCGGAAGAGAUGAUGAUGGAAAUCUUGCUGAGGCUUCCGGCAAGGACGCUUGCUUCCUUAAGGAGCGUGUGCACUUCAUGGAGAAACCUAAUUUCCUCCCCUCCUUUCACCUGUAACCACUUUCGUCGUUCAUGCUUACUUGAUCCAACUUUGUCUGCGCCACGAAUUGCUUAUUGCACUUGGGCCUACAGAAAUGACGUCAGAUGUGGCAGUAUCGGACUUGUCUCCGUACACUCAAUCUUGGACAAUCCUUCGGAGCCUACUCAAGUCGAUUGCUUCACGGAACAUUUCUACUACAAAAUGGUUGGUUCUUGCAAUGGAUUGUUAUGCUUGGUUGAUGAACAUGCCUUCAAAUACAUGCAUGCCAUCUUGUGGAACCCCUGUACCGGAUUCACAUUCGAAUCUCCUGAAAUCAGCGGCAAAGCCCGCUUUCGUGGCUUUGGUUACGAUUAUCUCAGUGACAGUUACAAAAUUUAUGCAGCUUUAAAGAAGCAAGGGCCAUCUGGUUUUGAGUCUAGUACCAGAAUUUAUACAUUUGGGCCAACUUCGUCAUGGAGAAAAAUUGAUGAUAUCCCAGUAGCCCUAUUGGGUGUCCCAAGUGACAACCCUAGUUGUGAUGUUUAUAGGGAAGGAGAAUUUUUUGGUAGUAGCAGAUUAUGCACUAUUAAUUGGAUUGUUAAUCACGUGGUUCUUUAUUUUGACUUGGCUAAAGAGACGAGAAGAACACACGAGUGGAUUGUGUGGCAGAUGAAGGAAUAUGGAGAUGCUCGAUCUUGGACUAAAUUGGCAGUGAUUCCAGUCACUUAUUUAAAUCCAUAUAGUUGUUUACAACCUCUUUACAUAUCGGAAAGUGAUGUUCUUUUGGCAUUUUGUCUAUUUUCUCGCAUACUUUUGUGUAACUUAAAUGAUAGGAGCAUAGAAUUUCCUAAGAUUGACGGCUUCGGUAUGUGGGACGAUCCUUCUUUUUAUCGAUGUAUCGGGUUUAGGAUGGCUUGUAUCUACCAUGAAAGCUUAGUUUCACCAAAUGGUCUUCAAAGCAACUCCUCCAAAAUGCUGCUGCGCCUCAUCAAACCCAAACCCAAGCCUAUUGACUCUUAA